AUGUCAGACUUUGAUUUGUCCUUCAUCCCAGCAUUAUACACCCCUCCGGCUCUCCUGCCCAUCUCCAGGCACAAGGGGAGUCUACUCUACACCAUUGAAACACAUCAGAUCACGGUGCUAGUGGGUCAGACGGGCAGCGGAAAGACCACUCAGCUCCCCCAGUAUCUGGAACAGGCGGGAUGGUGCGCCAACGGAAAAUGUAUAGCAAUCACUCAGCCCAGAAGGGUCGCUGUCACUACUGUGGCCACUCGAGUUGCCGAAGAGAUGAGAUGCCAAGUGGGUGAACGAGUCGGUUACUCGAUUCGCUUCGAAGAUGUCACAUCGGCCAAGACAAGCAUCAAAUUCCUCACCGACGGCAUGCUCUUGCGAGAAGCCUUGGUUGAUCCAUUGUUUACGAGGUAUUCCGUCAUCAUGAUUGACGAAGCUCAUGAACGGUCACUCAGCUCCGAUAUCCUGCUCGGUCUGCUGAAGAAGGUGAAAAAGCGACGACCUGAAUUGAGGAUCAUCGUCAGCAGCGCGACCCUUGAGGCAGAACGGUUCGCAGAUUUCUUUAGGGACCACGAUGCUUCUGAAAAUGAGCAACAAUGUCGAAUCGUCAGCAUCGAAGGUCGGACAUAUCCCGUGGAUAUUCUCUACCUAGACCAACCUGCGGACGAUUACGUAGAGAAAGCCGUACAAACGGCCUUCACAAUCCACCGGCAAGAGCCACCUGGAGAUAUUCUUGUAUUUUUGACCGGCAGGGAAGAAAUCGAAAGAGCCGUGCAAAAGCUCUCGGACCUAGCAUCAACACUAUCCCAACAAGCACAAGCCCUCCAGCCUCUCCCACUCUAUUCAGGCCUCAGCAUAGAAGAUCAAAUGUACGUCUUCUCCGAAGCAGCGGAAAAUACCCGGAAAGUCAUCGUUGCUACGAAUAUUGCGGAAGCAUCCGUCACCAUCUCCGGUAUUGUGUACGUCGUCGAUUGUGGAUUUGUGAAACUGCGCGCAUUUAAUCCGAACACGAACAUCGAAACUCUGACACCCUUUCCCACAUCAAAGGCCUCCGCAACUCAACGAGCCGGCCGCGCAGGACGUACGCGACCAGGCAAGUGUUUCCGCCUCUACACGCAGCAAUCCUACUCAUCACUCUUCCCAACAACCACCCCCGAGAUCCAACGGUCAAAUCUCGCACCCGUAGUCCUCCAACUGAAAGCCUUAGGUAUUGACAACAUCGUGCGUUUUGACUUUCUCUCACCGCCACCCUCGCAACUCCUCGCCCGUGCUUUCGAUCUGCUCUACUCUCUGGGCGCAGUGGAUGACUAUGCAAAGCUUACUUCUCCACUGGGGACACGCAUGGCCGAGCUCAGCGCAAUCCCGCCUAUGAUGGCUAAAUGUCUCCUCACCUCCUCCUCGCCACAAUUCGACUGUCAAAGCGAGAUGCUCACCCUCGCGGCGAUGACGUCUCUACAAGGAAAUGUCUGGUUCCAUCACAAUGGGGAGAAAAAGGCCAUGGACUCAUCAAGACGGAAAUUCGCUGCCGAGGAAGGUGACCAACUGACGCUGUUGAAUGUAUACCAAGCGUUUAUAACAAAUGGAAAACGAGAGGCAAGAUGGUGUCAUGAGCACCAUCUAAAUUUCAAGUCGAUGCAAAGAGCUGUGAGCAUUAGAAAUCAGCUGAGGAGAUAUCUUGAGAGGUUGGGGGUCAAAGUAGACGAUUCACAAUCAGCCACAACUCUCAACACUCAACAGAAGGACAAAGCCACGAAUAUCUUAAAGUGCCUAGUAACAGGCUACUUCUCGCAAGCAGCAAAAAUGCAACCCGAUGGGACGUUCAAAUCCGUGUCAGGAAAUGUCACCAUGCACGCACACCCGACUUCUCUCCUGUUCAAUCGGAAAGCAGAGUAUGUGGUGUUUCAUGAAUUAUUGGAGACGGGGGAGAAGGUUUAUAUCAAGGAUAUUUCCAAGGUAGAGAAAGCGUGGCUAGUGGAGUUCGGGGGAGGUUAUUACAAUCUCAAGAGUUAA